AUGGGGGUAGUCUGGCUUUUGCUGCUCUGGGCCCUGGCCUUCUGCCUGCUGCACAGACUCCUGGUCCUGGCUGAAGGGGUCUUGUGGGGAGCCCGGGGGGCUCAGCGGCUGUCCCCCACCCCCGACUUCCUGCCGCGCUGCUCGCACUCUGCUUCGAGAGCACCGGUGCUCUGUGAGGGGCCUGUGUUAAGUUGGCAGAGACUUGGGCACGAGGGCAUAUUCACCUUUCGGGAGACUGCAGAUGUAGUGAGGGUUUUGGUCCAGGAGAACUACAUGCUACAUGGUGCUUGGCUGAGCCUGCAGCCUGACCUGCCGUGGGCUCCUGCCUGCCUGCUGCUCCAGGGACUGCCCCCUGGCACUGCCUCCCAGAGCCUGAAGCAACACAUCCAGGCCCUGCUGUAGGCCAUGGGGCACCCAGAGCAGGCCUGUCAUGCCUCUCUGAGGGAAGAUGCCCAGAGAUGACUUGCAGCCCUGCCCACAGAAGCCUGUGUUCUGCAGGGUCAAGCCUGAGCCCUGGGCCAGAGCAGGCCAAGGCGUCCCUCGCCUCAAGUGCCCCGGGACCGAGCAGUGCGUGUGGUGGGGGCACCAGCGGCAGACCUGCUGCCACGGCUGCGCCUAGAGCAUGAGUGCGCCAGUGGCGGGGGCCCUGGAGGGCACUGCCGUCUCCUUCCAGCACCCGAUGGCCCUCUGUGCUCUCCCCCUAGUGGCGAGCGGGUGCUGCCAGGGGACCCCUGGCUGCCAGGCUCAGAGCUGAGUCUUGCUCCCCGCUAUGACUUCCUGGACCCUGAGGGGCUUUCCGAGGACGCCAGGGGAGGGCACCACCUGGCUGCUCUCCCUGAGGCUAGAGGGCCGGCAAGGGCUCGGAAGGGUGCAGGGACUGGACAGACAGCCUGGUGGAGACUGCUGGUCAAGCGGCCAGGAGCCAUGUGCUUCAUCCUGCUCUGCCACGAGAAUCUUCUUGCUGACCUGGGAGAUGUUGCCCUCUUCCCACUUGAAGGGUCAGAUGUGACUGGCUUUUGGCCCCUGGUCCUGCCGUUCUGCAGAGCCCUGGCCCCAUGCCAGGUGGUGGAGGAAUUUCCAUAAAGUCUGCCAGGCAGCAUCAGCCGCCACCUGCUGAGCCUGAGGCACACAGGCAGUGCCAGCUUCCUGCUGGGCGCAGAGGAGCAACACCUUCUUCAGGGGCUACAGGCUCAUUUCCAGUGUUUCUUUGUAACAAAGCAUCUGGCCAGAGCGGCUCUGGACACUGAACCUGGGCAGGCAGACCCCACUGAGGUCUUCCAGGCCCUCCCUAGCCACUCACACAUCCUGUGGACCCCGUAAAGUACAGGCAAUGAGCAGGAGAACGUGAGCCUGGAGGAGGCUGGAGAACUCCUGGCCACUCCGGAGGGCCGCGGGGAGAACUGGCUGCCCGUGGAGCUGGGGGAGGAGCUGGAGGAGCGGCCGGAGCAGCACCUGUGCCCAGCUGAGGAAGGGCCUGUGGCCCCCAGCACAGGGGUGCCUGGGCAGCUCGAGAGGAGUGCGACUGCUCUCCCCAGGUCACUGGAGCCGCGGGGCGGGGUGGCUGAGCAGGAGGCCGCUGCACUGCAGUGAGCCCCCCUCUCCUUGCUGGGGCCACCCCCGUUGGAGGGAGAGGGGAUCCCAGGAGGUGAGACUGGUGGCGGGGGCCUAGUGGUGCACAUGGCCUUUGAGAAGGAUCUCCUGCAGGUGGAGUGCGUGUGGCAUCCGCUGCUCCCACAGCAGUACCAUCUGUAUGAGCGCCUGGAGCAGCUCUGUGACCCGAGCGCCGCAGAGCAGGCCCUGUACCACGGCGCAUCCGCUCGGGGCGGCCCGGACAUCUGUGCGGACGCCUUCAACUGCAGCUUCAGUGGCUGCAGCGGUGAGGCCUGGGUCCCAGGAAGGCGCGUUUACUUCGCCAAGCGCGCCUCCCUGUGGGCGCAGGACCGCUAGGCACCUCCCAGCGACGACGGCCACGUAUCUGUGGCACGGGUGCUGACUGACGACCGCGGACUGGGCCGCCCUGGCUUGCGGGCACCACCUCCUCGGGCCCGAGGACACGCUCUACGCUACGACCUCGUCGCGGACCGCCUCCGACAGCCUAGCAUCUUCGUCAUCUUUCACGACAUCCAGGCGCUGCCCACCCACCGCAUCACCUGUGAGCACAAGCGCCGCGCUUCCGCGGACCCCUCUGGGUUCUUCAGUCACUUCCCGUCUGCCUAACCCGAGAGGCUCCGCUGGCCCAGCCUCUGGGCGGCGCACAGCCUUACCGCCCCCUGCGCUGUCUGCACCGCCCCAGGGGGUGUCCCCGCGUCGGCGGGGACGGGUGGUGCAGACGCGAGUGGCUGGGGCCUUGUCCCCCGUGGGUCCCGGUCCGGCCUGGGCCGGUACAACCACUAGGGGUCAGCAGAGCCCUGGAGGAGGGUGGGCCGGUCCGACAACGCCCGCCUCCGCCAGACCUCGCCAGAGCGCGACUCUGUUGCUUGAAAAAAGUGUGCUUGAAACCAGGCGGAGGCGCCCUCCGGGGCUCUGGGUCCGAGCUCCGCAUGCGGGCGGGGUCCCUUGGCGUGGCUAAAGGUGCAGGCGGCGGGGUGGGGGCGGGGCAGAGCGCGCGGCUCCUUGGGGUGGCCCUUGGCGCCCGGCCGACACCUGACCCGUCGCGCACCCCUGCGACCCCGCGCCGCCUUAGUGUCACGCACGCUGCCCCAACAACGUCUCCUUGCUGACCC